AUGUCAGGAUACAAGCCAGCGAAAUUGAUUUUAAUAUUAAUCAUAUUCAACUCUCUUGAAGCAUCGAUAUCAAAAACGAUUGACGAGAAAAUACCUGAUGAACAGUGGGCUAAACUUUUUCCAGGGUCUAACAAUGAAGUUCCAGAGUAUGACAUUGUUCCAAUUCAUCCAUCACGAAUACAGAAAAGAGAUGCUGAUCAAAAGACACAUAUUCAUAUGAAGGCCUUUGGAGAACAUAUCAAAUUAUGGUUGAACCCUGUAGAUGGAGUAUUAGCAAGUAUAGAAACUCCUGUUCAAACAAUUUUACCUGGAUUUAAUAUUGCAGAACAUCCACAUGUUGUUGCUGAUACUCUAAUUUCAUUGUAUGAAGACUUCUCUCAAGCUACUACUUUAGCUAUCAAUGAUACUCCAGAUGGAAAAUCUGUAUUGCAUGGAGUAAUUGGUGCUCAUGACAUCUAUAUUCGUCCUAUUCCUGAAAAUUAUAUCAACUAUGCAAGAAGAUAUAGAAGAUCAGUUGAUGAUGCUUCAGAAUUGGACUUUGAUAAUCGUACUAUGUAUCAUAUUGCCUUCAAAAGACCUCAAGAUAAAAAGUAUCCCAUUGAUGUUGAUACUCUGAUACAAAAUUCAUCUAGAUCUAAACGAUCGAUACAUCCAGAAACCUUAUAUGUAGAAGUAAUGGUUAUUAUGGACUAUUCAUUGUUCAAAUUGUUUGAUUUUGAUCUUCCUAAGGCAAUAGAAUACGUAUUACUCUAUUGGAAUGGCGUAGAUAUGAAAUACAGAGGUAUUGAAAACCCAAAAUUUAGACUGAAUGUCGCUAGUAUAAUGGUUGCUACGAGUCCUUUUUCUCUUUCAUACAUGCAACAUAAAUAUCCAGACGAAUCACAUGAUCUGUUAAUUGAUGAGGCACUAACGCAUUUUAUGGAAUGGUUGUGCACUUUAAGUCAACGACAUGAACAUCUCCAUUUCGAUGCAGCUAUUACUAUGACUUCAGAAAUCUCUUGUGUAAUAGAAGGAAAUAAAUGUCAAAGAGGUCUUGAUGGUAUAGCAUCAAGAGGUAGUAUUUGUGAAGGCAGAAAAUUGCUGCAUAUGAAUGGAGAAUAUUAUCCUGUUCUUAGAAGAACUGCUAUUGUCCACGAUACAGCUGGAUUUCAAAGUAUAGGUCCUGCUGCCCAUGAGCUUGGACAUUUGCUUGGGGCUAUACAUGAUGAGCAGGGUCUCAAUAAUUGCAAUCUAACUACUGGUAUUAUGUCAAGUAUGACACAGUUGGGAACUAAUAUGUCAGACUGGUCUACUUGUUCAUUAAAGGCAUUUGAAGAUUUAUUACUCACUGAUCGAAUGACAUGUCUCUACAAUAAACCAAGAGUUAAAACAGUGUUUCCUGCAUUUUUGCCAGGAAGGGCAUUAACUGCUGAUGAACAAUGUUAUGAACUUGAAUCUACAAAGGCAGUUGUUAUUGAUGAUAGAAUUUGUCGAGAAUUAGUAUGUGUGUCCAAAAUUGAUCGCUUUGCGAAUGAAACCUAUUACAAUGGUGCAGCUGAGGGUACAACUUGUGGUAUAGGAAAGUUAUGUAUUCAUGGCGAAUGCAUUUUUGAAGCUGAUGUGAAAUGGUAA